CCGCUAUACACAUAAGCAGAAACCCGAAACUCUUUGUAACACUUGGCCUCACCUUGUAGAUUAUCUUGAAAGGUGACUCUGGUGGAGCUAUAUGGAUUUAGUUCACCAAGUGCUCGAAAAGUGAGCUAGUAAUUGUCUUGUACUGUCCUUUUGCUGACCAUACCUGAUAAUGUUCAGAGAUGCGAUUAGAAAGUGUGCGCGUUGUGCGGCCAAGAAAACUAGCAAAGAAGGCUUUCCUCAGUGGUCUGCAUAAGCGAUUCUUCAGGAGCUCUGCUGCGGCAUCACCUUUAAAUUCUAUGUUCAUAAACAGCUGUUUCUUCGGUACCGUCUGGAUCCUUUCGGGCUUUUGCUUUAACUUCACGCUUCUCUCGAUGGGUCUUACAGGAGAUACAUUUUCUCUGAGGUCUUCUCUGAGUUGCUCCAGUUCCCCGUCGAUUGUAUCACUGGUACAUACCCUUCUUAUUCUUGAGGAUAGCGAGUGGAAAAUAUUUCUCUUCCCUCUCAAAAGGACCCGACUAUGAAAAUUCAUGUAUUGAUCAUUCCAAUUUGGUUUCCUGUAGAUCGACCUUUGAAGAGAACAAUCAGAUCUCCUUUUUGGAAAAAUAUCCGAAAAAAAUGGAACUCCGAGUUCAUCUCUGAUUCUGACCUGAAUUGGUACGACGGCAGCCGUUGA